AGUUCUCCUGGAGCAAGCCCUAGCGCUUGGGGAAAUGCGUCUGCAUGCCCCCAAGAGAAGAAGCCCUUGUCUCAGGAGGGGAGCUUCUCCUCUGGGCUCUGGCCCCCUGCUGCUAUGCUUUCAGACUCCAUGGCUUCUUUAUCUACAUGCAGAACACUGUUGACAUAGUGAACAACUUAGUGUCCUGCUUUUCAGUCUUCUCUUUUCAAGCAGGGGGAGCCCUGACGUGCAGUCUCCUGGGGCUGGCCAGGAAGCAGCUGGACAAUGGAGCCAAAGAGAAUACCCCAUGGACCAGCAGUCCUUUGUGGAGCCCUCGACUGGCUCAGAUUUUGGGUCCAGUGUUAACACAUCCUGGAGAUGGGGUCGGAUCCUGAGUGGAGGCUGCAGUGCGGGAUGCGGCUGCUGGAGGGAGCGGAGGUCGUUGGGAGUUUCAGCACCACGCUGUGGACAGCACCCUGGAGGUGACUGCGGAAGCCCGGGAGGGUCGGUGACAGCCCCGCUCCCCCACCGCCACCUUCAUGCUUGGAAGCGAGGCGCAGGGGCGGGCCAGGAGGGCCGGGCGCGGAGCCCUCCAGCCCUGGAGGCUGUGUGGAGCUCGGAGCCUGGGCUCAGGGGACGGCUGGAGAGGAGGGGGAGGGAAAGCGAGAAGAGCGAGAGGCGGGGCCGGAGCCGAGUUAGCGGGGAGGCUGGCGCUCCGGACCGCGGAGCCGAGAAGGAAGGCGGAGGCCCGGUCGCCCGCGAGCCUCCUGCCUUUCGGUUUGCUAGCAGUUCCAGGGGAGACGCUGGCUCCAGCUCCCGCUGGUAUCCUCGGACAUCCGCAGGCCCAGGUGUGCAGCCUCUACCUCCUGCCCCAGAGUAAACGGAAAGAUAAGGGCGCCUCUUAGGUGUCGAAGGGCUGUUUCAGGGGAGGCAGGCAGAGCAGUCCGCCUGCGCUGACCUCAUGGCAGCGCGGAGCUUUAGCGACUGUUUCCAGGAACCACAUAAAUGGCCC